AUUCGCUAUUCAACUGUUCAGUGUUUAUGUAUCGUUAGUAGUAUGCAAACGUUACGUUUAUUUUUGUUUAGGUGUUGACGAACUUUUUCGCGUAGUGUAAGUUAGAUGCGCACCGUAACCACAAAUUUCGAAAACUAAAAAAUAAAUUUGAACUUUCUUUAAAUUUUAUUCAUAAAAAAAAAGUUUCACUUUUCGACUUGUUUGUUAAUAUUGAACUUGAUGAAUAAUAGUAAUUAAUUGAUUGAUUAACUGUCGAAAAUAAUAUCUCGUUUAGUGCAUAUAGAUUGAAGGGUAAAUUUAUUACAAAAAAACAUACAAGUGUCAGAUUCAUAUACCUAUCAUCAGCUGUCCGGGGUUCCGAUUCAACAGAACUGCGCAAUCUCACACCCCACCUCGCUCGCCAUAGAGGAGAACAGCUGAGUUGAGAUACAAACUCAAAACAUACAGUUCGUGUUUUCAGUAUACAUCUAACCAUUGAAGGAGAUAGUGUAAUAUGCUAAGAUAGCUGGGUGCAAAGCACUUAGGACUUAGACAAAUUUUUUCUCCUGCUAUAAGUGACUCGAUUUAGUGGGUGUUGUGCGAUUUUUUUUUUAUUUAUUUAAUUUGGAUAUGUUGCCUCAAAAUAUGGAUUCUUCAAGAUCGGAGACACUUUCUUUGAGUGGUCAGCCUAUUUUUGGUUCGCAAUUGGUUGAUAAAAAUUCUGCUACUCCCUACUCUGAUGCUACUCAGACGAAGAAAAAUAAUCCGAACCACAUCAAGAGGCCAAUGAACGCGUUCAUGGUGUGGUCUCAAAUAGAACGUAGAAAAAUUUGCGAAGUAAGUCCAGAUAUGCACAACGCCGAAAUUUCCAAAAAAUUAGGUAGGCGAUGGAAACAAUUGAAUGACGAAGAACGUCAACCGUUUAUAGAAGAAGCAGAACGACUCCGUCAAUUACACCAAAAGGAAUACCCCGAUUACAAAUACCGUCCCAGAAAGAAAAGUACCAAACCAGCUCCUAAGAGUAGUUCAUCCAAAAAAACUAAAAAGCCUGGUAAAAUACAGAAGAACGACACUAAUAAUAACAAUAGCACCGUAUUAAACGAAAAGAUUUUUGCUAGACGUAGUACAGUGCCAGAAUCGGUUGCGUCGAAAUUGAAGUUUAGGUUGACGAACGUCGUAGAACAGAGGCAGGUGAAUAGGGUAGUAGAUACAGAAGAUAAUAUAAGACAGAGUAUGCCUUUGCCUCCGAUGAGCUUCCUAGCUAAAGUCCCGUCGAGUCCCUCUUGCGAAACUCCAGAUUCCCCAGAAAGCGCUACCAUAUACGACGAUACAUGGGUCAAUAAUUUUAGCACAGUGAAAGAGGAACCCGAAGACAGGUUGUCACAUUCUCAAAUAGCGACAGCUACCUUAGAUGACCUCGACAGGAUUGACGACUUGUUACCAAUGGACGGGAAUAUUCUAGAAGAACUGGCAGAUAUAGAUACGAACUUCGACACAGCAUCGAAUUGUUCCGCGUCUCAUUUAGAUUUCUCUUGUCCCAAGGAUAUCCCAAUGUUCUCGAAUAUAGAGAACGCUUGGUGCGAAAUACGAACCGAAGAUUUUUUAAUGUGUUGAAAAAGAGACUAAGACUGUUUUUUUUUUGAGAUUCUACUGUGUGUGGAGGCACAAUUAUUGUUAUUAAUAUUCUGGGGUUGGUCCUCAUUAUAUAUAUAAAACGAUGACCACAUCGACAAUUUUUAUAUUGUUAUAUAAAUAUUAUUAACCCCGACAUUGAUCUCAUUUUGCGUUUAUUAUUUUUGUAUUUAUCAUUAUGACGUAUUACCAGAAUCUACCAGUUUCACGUAAGACAGUCAUUUUAGAUCGAGAAAUCGAAACCACAAUUAAGAAAAAUCUUUGUAAAUAUAAAUAUUUUUUUAAAAGUGUGUUAAUUAACAAACAUUAGACAAUUUUUUGGUAUCAAGGAAUGCAGAAUACCAAUCUAAUGAUAGUAUACUAACAACUAGUUUUGUCAAAAAUACUUUGAUACGAUUUGAAAAAUACACUUAUCUAUUAACUGAUAGGGUAAUAUCUUCCAGCUGGUUGAUUAUAAUAGUUUCAAAGUUUUUUACUAUCCCAAAAUGAAUUAUAAGAAAGGAAAUUGUCACAAAGAUUAAAUCAAGUGAAUGACGAGAAGUUAUAGAAACAUUUUAUCAGCUCAUUUGUUUUUAUCUUUUGGUCACCCAACUGUCACAAAACUUCAGAAUCCUACUUUAUGACUUAUUCCAAGGACUGAAAUUGGGAAAAUUGGAAAACUUAAAGCUAAGGAAAUGUAUUUAAUGGUCAAAAACCAUUAUGUAAAAACUACAAGGUGUGCUAUAGCGCACCAGCUGGGAAGCAGCCAAUGAGAAUUCGCUCCAAAACGAUGCGCCAAUUUAGGAGCGAAUUCUCAUUAAGACUGUUUUGUCCUCCAGAUUUUCAUUCUCUUCUUUCUUUUGAUAAUAUCAACUUUGUUCGCGGUAGACAUCCUGAACAUGUUCUGUCACCAGUUUCAUCCGCAGUGUGAAAUUGUGCGUUCGUGGUGCUAAUAAAACAAUCAAUGUUUCAAAUCCUGUAUUCGUGGAGCACAGAUUUCUGAUUCCGAACGUGUUCUGAAUACGUCCAAUGUAUCCUCGGACAAAUAUUUUUAAUCUGGCGCAUGUGCAUUCAUCAUUUUUGUGAUAUUUAUCAAUUAAUAUUAUGAUUUUAGUUGUUCAUAAAUCGUUCGUGAAGCAAUGUAUGUUCAGAACAUAUUCUGAACAAAGCAUAAGCAUUUGACAUGUCCAGACGAUAUUCAGUAUACAUUAGGAAGGUGUUCAAAUUAUCUACUGCGAACGAAGCUAUUGAAUUUUGAAUAGUAAAAGGAUUGAAAUUAGGCGAUGUAGAAGCUGAGAAAUAACAGGAAUGUUUUUACUGGCUAAAAACUGUCCUCGUACAAACUUGGUUUUCAAACAUUCGCAAGAUCCUAGAUCUAAACAUUUUCAUUGGAAGUUCCGCUUCUGAAAAUAACCCUAAAACCAUAUGAUUAAAAGACCGUUGAUCUGUUGGAACUUUGCAAAAGUUUCCUUCACGUCUUCUCAAAAUUUACGUCACUUAUUUUCGUAACUUAAAAUGGCGAUUUCAUAUUUAUUACUCAUCACUUAUCAUCUGCAGAUACUCCCUACGUUGCCAGUUUCAUUAAUCAAGUCACACUUCUUGUUUUUCAUCGUCAUUUAAAUACAAGUCGAUUACUGCAGCAUAUUUCUAAUAAACACUAAUAACUAUUUUACCACAAAUAAUAGAUUUGUUCGCGCGUCAGUUUCCGAAUCAAUUUUAGACCCGAUCGCAUGUACUCUUUCAAAAUAAUCGUUCGUAGAUCGCCCACUUCUGAAUUUUUAGUACAAGUUUCGUGUUCGCAGGUCAUUCGAUUCCUUUAAUUAUUCGUUCGCGGUAAAUCAACAUCCUGAAUGGGUUCGUAAUCAAGCAAGCGCAAUACAGCGAUACUAAAUUGAUUAACAACUGAUUCAGAAUCUAUUCUGUAUUGACUCGCGACAAAUCUAAUGAUGUUGCCCAGUACGUAAUUUGAGUAGAUUAUAUGCCAAGAAUGAAGGGAAAUAGUCACAAGGACUAAAAUCCAGCGAAUUUGGGAAAUGGCCAAAUAUGACUGUGGCAAUAAUUUAUCCAUAAUUUUCAAAAUGACUUCUGGUUAAAUCUUAGUAGAACUACUUAAAUUUGACAAAAUUCCGUGUAAUCGCUUCUCAAAGUAUAAAUCAUUUAUUUUUGGAACAACAAAUGACCAAAGUAAAAGCAUCUGUAAGUCCUCGAAGUGUAGAAAGCUCGAAGGCGUAUUUUCAUGAAACCAAAUAUGAAAAUUAAAAAAUCCUGUCAAUUCGAUUUGUAAUUUAUUUUGACCAAUGACACUACUAAAUCGUUUUUCCCAGUUACUGCAACCCUUGUGCCAAAUUUGAUCUAAUCAAUACCCUAUUGUGGUUUUUAAUUUUAUUAAUUCUCUCUAAAGUGACUGAACACUAAUAGUGCCUAGCUCAGUACGUUUGUCGACCCGGCAAGCCCGGUAUUAGGUUUUCGACUUUUUAAAUACUGUUACCUUAUAAACAUGGUAACAGAACACAAAAACAGGCUGUGAUUCAUCUGUUUGAUGACCAAUAUUUAGUUGUCAAAAGUCCGUGUAGUCAUUUUAACGGUUCUGCUACUGCUUAAUUUCCUUUGGAUUUCACCGACGAAUAUGUUGAUAUUAAAAAGUUGUUAGCCAAUUAGUAUGCAGUCAAUUUGAGAAAAAGUUAUGAGAAUUAUCUUUUCUUUAAAUAACUAAUUAUCAAUAUACCAAAUUUUCGGCAUAGCAGAUACUGUUUUUAGCGCUUAUGGUGCAUCAUUGAUUCGGAAUAGUUUCCAAAACUUGUCAAUUUUUGUAAAUAUUUCAAUUUUAAAAAAGAAUGCAUACUUUUUGGCGUUAGAUAUCGGGUGCAUUUAGCCAUUUUAAUCCGAUGUGUAUUUUUUCAUUAUUCCCUAUAAGUGUGUACAUCUAGUGUUUUCAAACUAAUUUUGUCGGAUGAACUGAGCAUGCGUGCUUCUUAUUCGAAAAAAUAUCCACGUUAAUUAUGCUGUCAAUUAUCAAUUGCUUUCGGUGUCAAAUAUAAUCAGAAGGACUUGUUUAGUCAGUUCUAUUACUGAUUAAAUAGGGCAAAACUUAAGAUACGAUUUUUAAAUUUCAAUGAAAAUCAUCUCCAACUACCGCGCAACUUCUUAUUUCUUCGAUCCAACCAUACAAGUACUUGAUUCAAUUAUUUCAUAGUUUUGUCUUUUCAACAUUCGCUCGAUUUCCUAAUGUGUGAGAGUGAUAACAUUUAGAAUUCAAAUCAUAAAUUUGACAAUUUUAAGAAGAAGUUUGUAAAGUAUCAAUAAAUAAGUCCUCGGUAUAACCAAUAACCAAUUUUCCAACUUUUCUUCGCCAUUUUUAUUAAACCGAAAAAAUGUUUUCUUUAAAGUCAUAACUUUCUAAUAUUUUUUUCCUUUGGGCAUUUUUGUCUUGUCUAAAAAUAAGCAAUAGUCGUUGGGGGCUAAAUCUAGAGGAUAUGGUUGACGUUUCUCCUAUGUUAUUUCCAAAUAGUCGAUAAACAAUAUGUGAGAUGCUUGCUUCAGGUGGAUACUGGUCCAGGUCACGUAGAUGAAGUCGUUUCGAAUGUAGUGUAGGAUCCAGUGACUAUCGACACUAAAAAUAUUUUUUACUUUCCCUAAACAGAUCCAAACAAUAAAACUAUUUGAAUGAUUAACUCAUUAUUGUUUAUGGCCUAAUGUGAGGUAACGUCACAGCCAUUCGAAAAGAAGCUUUUUAAAGUGAUAGCUCAUCCAUCUAUUUAUCUCUCUAAAUUUUGGUUUCCAAUUAUUGGACUUAUCGAUAGAUGUAAAAUUGUUAUCAAGUCCAUUAUGGUCAAUGAAAAGACAAAUUUGGUGGAUACUUGAGAUAAUAAUACGUGGUUAUAAUUGAAAAAAUUAUUCUCAUAGAGGUAGUUAUAAUGUAACAAUGGAUGUAUUGGAAUAAACAUCGGAUAAAAAUUGUUUAUACACAAUACCUCUUAAUUUUCUUAUGUCACGAAAAAGAUAACACUGUUGCAAAUUAACCGUAUCGAAUUGAAAAAGGUGAAAAAUACUCAAUGUUUUAAUGGAUUUGGAUAAUACAAUAGUUCUAUUAGAAUAACUUCAUAUCAUACUCGAUACUACAAGCCAAAAGUUUAAGACCAUCUUAAUUAAAGUAAUAAUAUUAAAUAAAAUAUCAAUUGUUCAAUUAAACUGUUAAAUCAUACAAUAAAACACUUGUUGGCAAUCAAUAUACUUGAAAAUCGUGUAGAAUUUUCCACAAAAAUCCUCUUAUACAUUCUGAUCUUUUUUCACAAGUCUCCGCACACAGGCAAUCAAUUUGUUGAUAUAUUGCACCAAUUUUCGCAUAAAGCAGUUUUUCUCGCGAAGACGGGCCACAAUUACAGACGUUCCUAUCAAGCUCUUCCCACAAAAGUUCACUGGGAUUGAGUUCCGGGCUCUAACGAGGUUACACUAUGUUUAUUAGUACUCUUUGUACCUGUGUCGAACAAAAUUUGGAACAAUUCUGUGGCAGUCCUGUUGGAAAAUGAUUCCCCAAUUCAAAUUAAUUGCAAACCCGGCAUGGCAUGGCAUCUUUUUCUUAAUUUUUUUGUACUGUUCCUUUUUCAUAAUUCCAUCAAUUUUGAUCAAAUGGCCAAUUCCAUAAUUAGAACUUCUUCAAUCCAAUUUUUAUGGGCAUGGUCCCACUGUAUCUGCUUUUUCCGUUAUUGUUUUGUGGUCUUAGGUUUUCGGACGGCGACACGUCCAUACAACUUCGCAUCUCUAAGUCGCCGUCUUACUAUAGUCAACGAUAAAGGUUUAACUCGAGUUUUCUUCACUACAACGCAUAUUUCUGGUGCUGUUUCGCUUGCUAGUAACUCUCGGCCUUCCCGAGCAUGAACGAUCUCAAAGAUCUCUGCUUGUUUCCCUGUAUCCAGUUAUUGCGCUAUGAACAGAAGUCUUCAAUAACUUUAAUUGUAAACUUAUCAUACUUUCGGAUUUGCAUUUAUUAUGUGAAACAACGAUGGCAGAACGCACUGCUUAUUUCGCGUGCUUUUCUCAUUUUCAGACGGGGUCUGCAGAAACCAAAACUUUAGUCUAAUGGAGAUUGUUUGCGGACAAACGGCAAACCCAUGUAACCUUAGGUAAUAAUAAGUUGGAAGCACGUGUUUUUAGAAGCUACAUAAUUAUUAUUGACCAAUGGGAAACAAAAGCGAAGCAAUUAUUUAUUAGCACAUCAUAAAAAUACAUUACUACGAGUCCACCUGGCUCUAACGCAAAGUUUGUCAGUGCUUGAAAAUAACACAUGGUUAUUGACCAAUAACUUGGAAUUAAAUAAAAAAAUGACUUCUUUAUGCAGGUAUACAUUUCCAUUAUUUAUCUCAUAGGGUUUCGUUACAAUUGAUAGAUAAUUAUGUUGUUUCAAUGUGGUCUUAAACUUUUGAACAGCAGUGUAUUUAUAAAGUAGAAGAAAAUAUGAACAAUUUUUGAUCUGCAGUCGAUUGUACGAGACUUUAGUUGGAAUUCCAAUUGAAACUGUAAUCCAGUUGUAUUUUGGGCCGAUUAAACCAACUACAAGAAAUUAUCCAGAUUGGAAUUGUUAACAAUUGAAUCGUUAGAAAUGUUAAGGUUGUUCGGAAUACCUUGAAUGGUAUGCAUAUCUUUUAUCUGGACCAUGUUUCCAGAUAAUGUUAUAGUAUUUUGAAGUGGAAAAUAGAAGUAGGAAGUAUCCGGAAUACGAAAUUUAGGACAAGGAUAUAAGAAGUUCGUGAAAUCUUUGCAAACGUCAUACGAAGACAUGAAACAAACUUUUUUUCUAAGAGAUAUUCUAUUUCGCCUUAUAUUAGUAAGUGUCUAUAUCUGAUAAGGUUCUAAAGAAUCAUUCAACUCGUUCAAGCGUGUUUCAGUUUUGUUACAUAUCAUAUAAUUUAGAUUUGCACUAAUUUUUCGUUGGAUUUUUCUCUAGCUAUUUUGUCGAUGCAUUCACUAUAAUUGUUGCAAUCCACAAUCUUUUUGCGGGGAUCAUCGAUUUUUCCAUUUGAGAUUGCUGCUAGAACUUUAUAUUUUCAUUCAAUUAUUGAAGCAUAUUGUAGAUAUUACGUGACUGUACAGAAUUAUUCGAAUUUCCAUAGUCGCAGUCGGCAGCUGUUGAUUUGUAUUUAAAUAUAAAAAGUAAUUUUUCUCAAACUGAAAAUCUACUUGUUCAAAGCUCUUUAUACUAUUUUCAUUUGGUUCAAGAUGAUACGAUUCUCUUAAUAUUUCCUUCAUUUUCUUUUUAUACAAAAUAUUUCUUGAAAUAUCAGACGCUAGUUGAUGAUUUGGUCUUUCUCUAGGACGUUCUUCUUGGUCUUUUUAUUCUAAUGGAACAUUAUUUUGGAAAAUCUAGUAUGAUUCUUCUUGUAUUAAAUAUGUUCCUUAUUUAACUUCAAUAUUAUUUCUCGCUGUAGUUAUGUUUAGUAACUUAUUCUAUACAUUAUUAACCAACACCUUCAAAUAAAAGAGAAUAGAUUAUUGAAGACCACCAAAUCCAACAGAUCAGUAACGAUUUAUUAUUCUCUCACAUUAGGAAAUAAAGUUUGAACAUUUUUAGGCAUCUUCAAGAAUUGAGAUAUAUUCUCGAUAUCGAUACUUUUCUGAUAGGUGAAUAAUAUAUUAUAACUAUUUUCCAACUAUUGCUUUAAGAUUAUUUUAAUUUAUUAACCCUUAUCAUUUACGUUAAUGUAAUAUGUUUUUAUUGUUAGCAAUAUAUGCAAAUGAGUUUCUAAUGCUUUUUAUUAAUACCAUUUUCAUGAAAACUAUAACCUAAAAACGGUUCUAAUCAAUGAGAAUGAAAUAAAAAUCGUGUUAUAAGAAAUUCCCUGCGCAUACUGAUUAUUGUAAUUCUCUCGUCCAUAAUUAUUGUACUUAAAUUCGUUGUAAAAAAUCUCAAAUCGAGCACUUGGGUGGUAGUAGUAGUAGAAAUCGAUAUACAGUCGAUACAAAUCGAUAUUACAAGUAGGCUAGGAAUGUUUGUGCAGCUGUCAAGUUGGUUAUUUUAUUUCAAAAUCAUUCAAAUUCCUUCCAAACUCUUGUGAAAAUACUUUGAUUGUUACUCCAACGUUUUCAAUUAUUUUGUAACUAUCUGUAACUUCGGAUAUAAAACUGUCCACUCAAAAAAGAUCGACACUGUUCUCAAAAACCACAAUUAUUUAUUUUGUCUCAUAUAAAUACAAUUUUGUUUUGAAUGGUUAUUUCCAAAACUGAAUUUUUGCAAUGCAUAGCUUUAAAAUAAAUUCAUUCUUGUACAAAUUCAUCUCAACUGAUGCUAAUAAUACUUUUACAAAUGAAACCAAUAAUAAUCAAUGAGAGAUGAAACUAAUUCAUGAGUCAAUUCCUCCACACUGAAUAUUGACGAAUUUUAUUUUUAUGCCCAUUAGUCAGUUCCAUAAAUUUGUUGUGUGUAUCAAUCAAAGCUAGAACAUACAAAUUCUGACAAGAGGUUUGUCGCGGCAUUGCCGCCUCAAUGGACACCUGAUGACGCUAGGUUUGGCAGAGAAGUGCAACGUGCAGAUUCUGUUAAACCUCUAUCAACAUUCUCUUAAAGUUUGAGAAUCUACGGAACUCCAGAAUGGUGAAAUUCCUGUUCACUCGAUAUUGAUGACUUUCAAUAUUUUUCUCAUCAUUGCAAAUAAUAACCAUAGUUCUUUGUGUUCCUUCUGAUUGACAUUUUACUCUCCUACAUUUUCUCUAAUCGUUCGGAGUCACAAUAUUUUAUCCUAUUGUUUAUAUGGUCUCCAAUUUUCCUUAUUUCUCUAUAUUUUUGGUUUUUAUCCCAACUUUUUCUUGAAUUUCUAGAUUAUUUCGUAUUUGUUUACAUUUAUUCCACUGUUGUUUAAAAUAUUUUUGUAUAUUGUAUAAAAUCAAUUGAAGUUUGCUAAUUGUAUCACCAUUUGUAUGAAACUUUCCAAAUUCUAUUUCAUUUAGUCGAUCAUUAGAUAUAAAACCCGACGGACGUAGGCUAAAAACAGAUUAUUUGUUCCAAAAUGAACAGAAUCAAAUAUACUGAAAUGUUGUAGUCUAUGCUAUCGUUUCUUAUAAUCUUAUCAAUUCGAAAUUUCUUAUACCCACUGUCGACCUUUUUUGUUUGAAUAAAACUAUUCAUUAUAUAUAAAUCGAGUAAAUUGUUGAUUGAGUACACAGUUUGAUUAAUCUACGAGGACAAUAAAAAUGAAUUUAUCAGUACUUUUAGGAAUUUCCUUCUUCCUUAUAGAUGAAUCAUCUGUAAAAAUGCUAAUUGUUGAAAAUCACUACCUGUAUUUCUUUCUCGUCUGCUCACGGUCCAUUUUAACGAAAAAUAUGUCAACGCACAAACUUGUAAUAGACAAUUAACCAAUAGCGUUAAAAACUUUUUUAAAAUUUCAAUAGAAUUUUGUAGAGAGCAACAUUUGAUAUUCUUGUAAUGAAAAAUAUAUUUGAAAGCGCUAUAAUCAGCGCAAUUGUGUGCUUUCAGUGUAUUAGCUGUAAUAAUAAUAAUAGAUUUGGACUGUCCCUAUAUUAUAAAUAAGAAUUUUCGAAAAUUUUUAAAAGCCUGCCUGUAAGUAUGAAUAAAGUAUAGCACUAGAGACUUGUCAAAGUAAUAGACACUUCCUAAAAAAACACAUCGAAUAUAGAUUUUCAAAUCUGGAAACGUUUUUAUUUCUUUAAGUAUAACACAGUUUAUAUAUAAAAAUUUUUGCAUAAUUCUUAUUUCUUUGACCUUUUGAUAUGUUCAUCUUCUAAAUGUUAUUGAUUUCAGGUCUCUUCUAAUUUAAUAUUAGUUUCUUUUAUAAUUUUAUAAAGACAGAUGAAAAUUUGACGCUUCGACUUCUUUGAGUCUUUAUCAAAAUAAUAUAUUUUACAAUAACUUACUUAAUUCUGAAGCCUUUCUACCUUUUCAUGUGUAAUGCAGUCAUUACGAGGGAUCCGUUUUCCACAGCAGUGUCCAUUCUUUCCUAUUCUGUUUUCUUUUGCCUUAUUUCCUGUCAUCUUAUUCCUCGAUACAAUGAAUUAAGUACAUUAGGAACUAUUGACCAAAAAAAAAAGUUUUUGACAACUUUCUGUUUUGUUUUCUUACAAAAUUUUAUAGGAGAUUACGACCAAAGGUCAGAAAGUUGGAUUACGGAUGUCGAGGAGAAGCCGAGGCUUUAUACUACGUACUUCAGGAGCAUUCAACUUUCUGGCCGCUUAUAUUAUUUUUCUUAAUCCACUAUCCGAAAUUAUUUUCGACUACGUGAUAAACAAAAAAUUUAAUAAUAAUUUAAUUAGGCUUAAAUCCGGAGACUGUGGCAUCCAUGUCAUAAUUCUCAACAUUUAUGUUUUUUUUUUCUUGAUGUCCAUCAGUUCGAGAAAAUAAACAAUUUAUAGCGAUUCUUCUUCUUCUUCAACGGACUUUUCUAGGCUGUUGAAUAUUUUAUUUUCCAUUAUAAUUGAAUCCCUUUUCUCUAAGGAAAAGUUUAAAAAGUGCAUUAAGACAUCUAUAUGACUAGACUGGAUACUUGAACAGAUUUAAGCGUGUUCCUAUUUCUAUUAUAGCCGAAUCUCAUUUGAUUGCGACAACUAGGCUUCAACUUUUGUAAAAGCUGCUUUUUUGGUCAUAAAGAUAAUUAUGCCUGAAAAUUACGUUUUGUUUUACUUAAUUCGUUGAAAACAUACAAAAAUAUGACGAUUUGGGAUUUCCUCUUGUUUGGCUAAAUGACAUAAAAUAACUCAUACCAUCUUUUGUACGUGGAUCAUACUGGUCUAAAGUACCUUAACGAGUUAUACCGCUUUCUCUUGUGGUAUUCACAGCCUGGUAUUUGGUAAUGCAUGCUGAAAUUGAGGUUUUCAGUCUACAACUGGUUGGCGGUGGUCCAAAGUCAUCGUCCCAUAGAAACCCAAAAUUGCGCAGUCAAUAAUAUGUUUUGACGGGAAUGGUCAUUCAUGAGCUGGAAUUUGGGGCCGACUUGCGCGGCAUAUGGAAGCACAAUUGGUUGCAGACAUUUGUCACAAUAACUGGCGGUAUUCAAAUAACCGUCCAGUAAAACUAGGUCUCAGUUCUUCCUUCAAUACGAACAUUGGUCUGUAUCAAAUAGGCAGUCGUAAGUUCCACAUUCUCUGGUUGUUUUAACAUUUGAGCGCUAUCAGAAGAGUACUCCAUUCUGGAUGUUCCCAGUUUAAAGUAUUGGUGUGCCCAUGCUACUCUUAUACCAUUAUUGCCCGGGCGUGAAGGUUGUACUCGUGCAACUUGUUUGGCCGCUCACAAUCUAACUAAUCUGCUGUGAUUGUCCGAUCUCAUAAUGCCUGUAUACAAAUAAAACAGUUGUAUAGAAUACGUUGCUCUUAGAUGGCCAGUACCUAUAUCCUUCUCUAACAUCGCUAGUCUUAAGGUAUCGUCGCAUCAACGACAAAUAACACUGGAUGAGGAGGUAAGACUUCGGCCAAGGUCAUUCAAAUUAAUAACCAGAACAUUUAUUUCGUCGUCGUCUAAACAAGUCACAAUGAAAUGAAAAGAAGAAAAAGACACUACUAAUAAAAUGAUGUAUGGUGGAAAUAAAUGAGAAUAUUAACUUAAAAUUGAAUUAGAAGUUUAUAAGGAAACAAAAACUAGAAGUGGUUAGAUGAUACAAUCUUAAGAAUAGAAACAGAUACGAUAAAUAGAUAAGACCGAGAAAAUUUCACGAUAAAUAUACUAAAUUUUACCCCUUUGAAGACCGUUAAUUCUUAGCUUCAAUACAAAUUUAAAAAAGUGCAAAAAUUAUUGUUAAAAUUCCAUCUAGAAAAAAAAAAGAAUGUAAAUAUGGGAAAAGCAUAAAAGAGAAAGAUCUGCUGAAGAUAAUUAGUAAUGAUAGGUUGAGUAUGUAAUAUAUCAAUAUUAAGUCCAAUCUAACUAUCAACAGCUAUGAUUUUAUUUGUCCAGAACAGUUUUUCAGUUUUGUCUUCAUUUCCAAUCACGUUAUUUAAACUUACCAAACUUACCAAAAAUUUUUUCCUCUUUUCAAUACUUUGAUAAUUGACACUUUGGGUCUCUUUUUCGAGAAUUUUUGGCACUCAACAACUUUCAUUAAAAAUAGUUACAAAUUUUAUAUUAAACGCCACAUUUUCAGAUGUUAUUAAUGUUUCCGAAAGGGUAAGAUGAAAAAAGAAUAAAGAGUAACCACUAUAACAGCUCAUCAUAAAGAAGAAAUAAUAUAUCAAUUUCAAGGUGACCUAAUUCUAAAUUUGAAUAAUAUUAAAAAAUUUUGACUUCAGCUAAGUGUAAGUGGUUAUUUUUUUAUUCCUUCCUUGGAAAUAACCUCACUUUGACAAGUCUAUUUCGGUGUAUUUUUGUACCCAGUAACAAUUGUUUGGAGCGGGUCGGUUGAUGUCUAUUUUCCAUACGUACUGUUGACUGAUUUAGAUGUAGGGUAUUUGUGCUUACCGUUUUUUAUUUUGUUAUGCGGAUGUUGUUUUGACUCCCUGUCGUUUUGGAAGUAAGCUCCACAAUCGAUCUCGCUACAUUUGUACAUAAUCUGUAAAAAUUGCUCAUGUAAAAAUUGUUUUUGUUAAAAUGUACUGUUUAUCAAAAAGAAAUUUCAAAUCAUUGAGUCACCAAAGGUCUUACAAAUGUAUGUAAUUGACCAUAGAGUUUAUAUAAAAAUAUGUUCAAUGGUUUUUUAUUUCUUGUCGAGUUUAUGCAAUCAUUUGCAAUAAUUAUUGAUGAAUAUCGGAGAAGUUUAGACUUUCGAGUCUCAUUUUGAAUAUUUUUAGGGAAGCCGAGUCAAAACUAUUUCGAUAUUUUUGUAAAAAAAAGAAGAGUUAGGUUGUCGCGUUGUUGACUUUUAAUUCUGGUGGACGACAAAAAAGAUUCAAAGUUAGCAAUAUUUUUGCAUAUUACUACCUUGGUGUAUAUUUCCUGCAUUUUCAAGUCCCCCAUGUAUUAUAUUCAUAUUACUCUAUUAAAGUUAUUAUAUAGUGUGUAAAUUUUGUAUUGUAGUUGCUGUUAAAAUAUAUUAUUAUAUGGCAAAUACAA